AUGUUCCAAUCUUUGCGCUUCCUUUGCUUUUCUUCCAACAAGUGUAAGGGUUCUGAGACCCUUGAUCCUACAGAUUCACACAAUAUACCUCGCCUGAGGUCAAUUCGCAGAGCAAGUUACUACGCUCGCGUUCCUCGUCAGGUCCUAGCGAGUACUCUUUCUCGAGAGAACAGUGUGUCAUCGACCGGUACCGCCAGCACCUGUUCUUCAUUUUUCGUAUCCAAUGCAGAGUCCCAUGUCACCACCAGCUCUGCAACCAGUGAUGUCCCCUCCUCAUCAUCCGAAGCGCUUGUAAAGCUACCUAGCACUAUACCAUCUCUGGGUAGCGGCACACCGUAUGUUCCGAUCCUGCAGGCAGAUGGCACACUCAGACCGCCACCAAUUGCCUUCGACGGCUAUGGCUCGUUUGGUGGCCGGUUUGCACCAGAAUCGCUUAUAGACUUCCUCAACAAUCUGACCUCAUUCUUCGAGGCCACUAUCUCGGACCCCUCGUUCUGGUCCGAGUACGCCACGUACCAGCGGGUCAAAUCCACUCCACUGCAGAUCGCAAGCAAGCUCACAUCCUUGGCCAGAGGCGCCACUAUCUGGCUGAAGCGAGAGGACCAGAAUGAAUACGGCAGCCACAAAACGCGGAAUAUCAUCGGUCAGCUUCUACUGGCCCGCCGCAUGGGCUUCACAGAAAUAGUCACCGACUGUGCCGCGGCCAAACAUGGUAAUUUCACAGCGGCAAUGUGUGCGCGCCUUGGAAUGCGCUGUGUGGUUAUUAUGGGUGCAGCUGAUGCACUAGCGCAGAAAGAGGACGUUCUUCAGAUGAAGAAGCUCGGAGCCAAGGUCCUAACCGCACGAACCCCUUCAGGAAUGGGUUCCCUGCGCGCCGCAAUCACAGAAGCACUCCGCUAUUCGGUUUGCAACUACGAGUCUGCGUAUUACCUGAUGGGAGGCCCGGUGGGGCCAAAUCCCCUGCCCACCCUCACACGCACGUUCCAGGCUCUCCUAGGCGAGGAGGUUGCGGUCCAGAUGCAAGAGGCGGUCUGUUGCCAGCCUGAUGCUGUCGUCACGGCGAUCGGUAGCGGGAGUGGUGCUGUUGGCUUAUUCAGACCUUUUCUUCAAAACCCGGCAAUUAGGUUGGUUGGUGUUGAAGCCACUGGGGCGGCCGCUCUAACCAAUGGGGAGAUUGGCGUGCUCCAGGGGGCGCGAACUUUGAUGCUUCAGAAUUGGGAUGGACAAAUCCUCGACUCGCAGUCAAUCUCGCCAGACCUCAAUCUCUCGACUGUGGGCCCCGAGGUGGCUCAUUGGAAGGAAUGUGGUCGUGUUGAAAUUAAGACCGCUUCAGAUGCGGAUGCCCUGGACGGGUUUAAAACAAUGCGAUACCACGAGGGAAUUUUGCCUGGGCUGGACUCGAGUCACGCGGUGAGUACAGCUCUUGGUUUGGCAAGAGACCUUGGCCCAGGUAAGAAUGUCAUUUUGUUGGUGACAGGCUGUGAUGCCAUUGGUCUUGGGAUGGAUGUUUGA